AUGAAUCCAUUCUUGUUUUUUCUUUUCUUGAUUUUCUUUGCUGUUCCAAGUUGUGCUGCCACUAGUGUAACCAAGAAGCUGGACCAAACAUUAGUGCCACAACCACAAGAACCAGAUGCUGGAAUAAAGUGUGGAUCAUGUCCUUGUGUUAACCCUUGUGCCCAGCUGCCUCCUCCUCCUCCGCCGCCGAAGACGGUAUACUGCACUCCUCUGGCACCACCGCCUCCAAGGUUUAUAUAUGUGACUGGUGUGCCUGGGAAUGGGAAUUUAUAUGUAACUGAUCCUUAUGAGAAUUGGGACUAUUAUAGUGAUGCUACACACAAUGUUGUUUCAUGGUUUUUGGCUGCUUUUGGAUUUGGAGUUCUACACUUAAUGAUGAUCAUUUGGUGA